AUGACGGGCAUGAAAACCCAGUCAAGCGAGGCCUACCUCCGCGAGACCAAACAGCCACUAAUACUUGGGAUCUCGGGGUUUUUCAUUGCAAUUGAGACCAUUGCCGUAGCUCUAAGACUCGUUUCAAAGCGAAUUGGUGGCCUACGUAUUGGUUGGGAUGAUGCCCUUGUUUGCUUGGGUCUCAUCUUCUGUAUCGGCGAUGCAGCCUGCACAAUCGCGGACGUGUAUCAUGGUGGCAUUGGGCUUCACGAAGAACGGGUCCUCCAGAUUGACCCGACCAUGAUGGUGACUUGGGGGAAGUUCAUCAUCAUCAUCCCCAUUGUAUACUUUUCCACUGUCAUGCCUCCAAAGUUGGCCAUCUUGCAUCUCUACCUCAGUAUAUUCACGAACAAGAAGCUUCGUUAUAUCUGCUUCGCAACUGCAGCCGUGGUGGUCGGAAAUUGGAUCGCUGUGACCAUCGCCGGCGGUCUUGCAUGUCAGCCCAUUAGCUACUUCUGGACCGGAGAGGGGAAUUGCAUCGAUAUAAACUCAUACCUACGCUGGGGUGGCUUUGCCAACAUUUUGACAGACUUGGUCAUGCUGGUCUUACCUAUACCAGUGGUGUGGAAUCUUCAUGCGUCAACACGGCUGAAGACUGGUAUCCUGAUCACAUUUUUGCUCGGUAGCCUUGGUCUAAUCUCAUCUAUUGUUCGGUUUGUCGAAUUCUACAUCACUAAUGCCGAGGUUGACAAGACUUGGGCCGCUUCAACUCUCGUCAUUUGGGCUGUUAUUGAAGGCGGCAUCUACCUUGUUGCCGCUUGCUUGCCUACUUACCGCCCACUAAUGAGAUCCGUGUCGCGCAAAAUCCGAGGCUCGGAGCCCGCGGGCACUGAUAGUACAAUUUUCGGUGGAUCCAGCCGACCCGAUGCUCGAGACAUAAAGCCUAUCUCCAGUGGCUUCGGAAAGCUUGAUGAUGAAGAGGACGCAGUGAGAUUGGUGACUCUGGGGCAACACCGUCAGGACAUUGCCCCCGGGGCGAUUCUGGUCGACCAUCAAUUUUCGGUUCAUUAG